GUUUUCGAAAAAUUUUCUAAUCAAAAUGACGUAGUCAAUCAUUGGCAAUGUAAUUUAUCUUGUUAUUUGUGUUGUUUUAGAGCAUUUUCCAUUAAAUAUCUAUAUUUUCGUUAAUCAUGGCUGAAGUAUUAAAAGAAUGGUUAACUGAAAGAUUACAAAGACCUAUCAAAUGGACUCCCGAGGAAUUUGGUAAUAUGAUGAAGGACGGGUAUAUCAUAUCUAAUGUUCUUCUAAGUUACAAUAUAAUAAAUGAAGAAAAAUUCUUUUUAAUACGCUCAAGUAUUAAUUCUGAAGAAAUAAAAAAUAACUGGAUACAUUUAAGGGAGUGGUUAAAAGAAUUGCAAGUACAUUUAAGUGAUCCAGACUUGCAAAGUAUUAUGGAAGGAAAAGCAUCAAUGCUGCUUCGUUUAUUUUAUAUAUUGUUUUUACAUUUAGAUAAAAAGGAUCGCACUGAUUUUAUUAAACGGGAACGCAAAAUGAUGUCAAGUUUAGUAGAUAAACUGGGAAAUAGAUUUACAGUUGAAAGAGUCCACGAAGAAGACGAAUCUUUUGUAGAUGAUUUAUCUAAGCCAUUGUUAGAUGAAAAGCAGUUUAUAGAAUGGCAAAGAAAAAAAUCUGAAAAGGUCAAAGACACAUAUGAUUACAUAAGGCAUAAGUAUUCAAAAAUGAUAGACAAAAUUGAAGAGUCGAAAAUAAAGAUGAAAUAUAUAUCUCCAACACUAAAAAUAACAUCGAAAGAAAAAACAGAAAUGGAUAUAUUUUCAAAGAAACAUCCCUGCGAAUUUAAAGGCUACACAUACGAAGAGUUGUUGGAAUUGGAUCAAAAAGCAUUAGAAAGGAAAAGGUCCAUAGUAGACACACAAUGGGCAAAAAAUUAUAUGGAUAAUUUAUUUACCAAAAUACAUAAGCGGUCUGAAUCGGAAGAAUUUCAUAAACAAGUGCGGAAUGACCUUACCAAUUCCUUGUGGGAUCUUUCCAUGGCCGAAGAAGAAGAAAAACUUGAUACCGAACUUGCGAAAAAAGUAAUGAAAUUAUCACAAUUUGAAAAACAAAUGUGCACACAACUUAUGGAAACAAAACAACAGGCACGUAAUUUAUUUCAAAAUAGAGCUCACGCAGAAUUACAGUUUGCUGAACAAAGAGAUCAGCAGUUUAAUCAAUAUUUAGAUACCGUGAAAGAACAAAUUCAUUUAGAGAUUGUAGAGAUAGAUUUUGAAAAACAAAGACAAAAUAUGUUGCAUAGGAAAUUAUAUGCUGAGAAAAUGAAAAGAAAAAGACAGCACUACUAUGAAAUAUGUUAUGAGACUGUACUGUCCAUCAUUGAUUACGCUACAAAAUAUGCCUAUUUCAAAAAAUUGCUCGAAGAUGAUAUACCUGACCAUUUUAUUCAUGAAUGGAAAAAUUUAUAUUACAAACAACAACCUAUUUUCGAUAUAUACCUUCCCACCGAAGAUUUAUUAAAAGAACAAAACUUAGAAGAAGAAGUGGUACCAGAAGAGGAGGAAAUAGUAAGGCUAGAGUUAGAUAGACAAAAUGCACUAAAUGAAACUGAAUUCAUGGAGUAUCAUAACUAUGCCUAUCCUUGGACAUUAGAUUUGCUUAUACCUAAUUUUGAUCCUGAGUCAGAGGAAAGAAAAUAUGAAUAUUUAGGAACCAGGGUACUUGGACAUGUAGUGUAUACUUUACUUGAGAUAAAAUAUCCAUAUCCUCCUGCAAAAUUACCGGCUGAUUUACCUGACUUUCCAGUAAAAGCACUGUUACGCGAUCUUCCAGAUAAGUCGAUGGUCAGCGCCAUGCAAACAUUAUUGGAUUUUAAGAAAGUGCAUGUAACUCGUUUAGAAGCUGCUAUAUACUAUUGCUUAAAACGAUUUAAAACAGAAUUGGUUGGCUGCACAGACAUUGAAUUAUCAUUUGAUAAGUUUGGAGUACUUGCUCAAACAGAAGAGGAUAAAGAACUCAUUAGAAAGAUUAAAGCUGAAGAUGACAUGGCUAAUAAAGCUAGUGAAUUAAUAGUUGGACCUGUGAUUGCAUCUCCUCCAAAUACAAAACAAACUCAGACACCUAAAACUUUACCAGAAGAAGAAAUUGUCUUAUCUACUGCUGCAGAAUUAGGGAGGUAUACAUAUGAAGCAUUAGGUUCCGGAGAACCUUUGACUGAUCAUUUAAUAGCUGCAAUGUUAGUUGAAUAUCUGAAAGAAAUUCAAAAUAUUGAUGGUUUUGUUAUUGUUAACUAUCCUAAUUCAUAUCGCGAGGCACAAAUAUUGGAAGAAACUUUUUCCGGUCGUGAACCUCCUGAUGAAUCAAAGGUAGAUGAUAGGGACGAUAUUUAUUUAGAAGAAAGUAUUAAAAGGCACAGAAAAAAGGAAAAAGAUCAAUAUAAAGAGAUAAGAGUUUCAAAACUUGUUAACGAUCCCCAUAUAAAAAAAUCUGACAAACCAUUUGAAAGCUAUUUUACAUGUUAUAUCAAGCUUAAACUGACAGAAGAUAUUCUUCAAGAACUUGUUAUAUGGGACCUUACCGAGGAAAAUUCCGAAUUAAUUGAUCGAUUUUACGCUGUAUUAGGUUUAAAUUACAGCAUGUAUUAUGAGAUUAUAGAUAAAGAAUUCUUAGCUCAAAUUUGCAAAUACAUAAUUGGAGAUUACACAAUGCCAUUAAAGUCAUGUGACAAACUAUUUGGAGAAAAUGUACUAAGUGAACUGGAGUUUCCAUCGACAGAUGAUAAAAGGACUAAGACCAAAAUAGUAAAGCCAGAAGUUAAUGAUUUGAAAUCUAAAGAUAAACUCAGACGUGGUUCUAAAAGCAAAAGUUCCAUGGAUAACCAGACAGAUCUUUAUAAACUUCCUAGUUCACCUGAUGCUGCGACUGAUACAGAUACCGUUGUAUUAAUGGAAGAACUGACAGGGGAAGAAAACGAGUCUCAAUCUUAUGUAAGUUUAGAAGAAAUAAAGCUUUUAGCUGGUGAAGAGGAUUGGGAAUACGGCAAUAUUCCGAUUUCAGAAAUAAUCGGUGUGGCGUUGGCCACUUGUUGGGAAGAAAUAGAAAAGUCAUAUGUUCAUGACAUGCAGCAGUUGUUUUUAGCUAAACGACUGCAAAUGAACUGUUUGAUACCUUACGCUAGAUUUAUAAAAGAUAAAAUGGAGCAGAUAAUUACUUUACCUUCUUUUAAACAAGAUUUAGUUUCUGCCUUCCAAAAAGAGUACAAUGAUUUUGAAAAUGAUUGGCGCGAUAUAAAUUUAGCCAAAAAUGAGUGGCAUUGCAGAGUGAAAGAAUUACAACACAAACUUUAUACAAUUUGUGAUGAACGAAAAUUAAGAGCACAACAGCAGAGACAAGCACUGAUCUGUGAAAAUUGGGCGAUGGAAGAACUUACCACGAUGGUAAACACGUUCAUAUCGUGCAUGCAAGCUGAACUGAAUCGAUCAAUUUUAACAUUCCAAACUCUACAUGAUUUCUACUAUGCAAUGAUUAAACGAAUGCCGCCUAAUGACAGACUAAGUUCGAAAGAUCUGACGAAGAUACAAAGAGAGGUCGAAGAUGCUACUGGUGCCAAGAAAGGAACUGAAGAUAAAGUGUUCAAACAGUUAAAGAAUGCUUUUCAAGAACUUCAGCUAAAAAAUAUUGAGAUAGAUUACAGCAACAAUCCUUUCAAUUUAGUGAUUGAAAAUAAUGUAAAAUUUGCACUAAAAGUAAUUAAAGAUAUAAAUGACUCUUACAGAUCUUUAAUAAGCCGAGAAUACAGCGAGAUUGCUAAAAUAGUACCAGUACCAAAACGAAAGGAUGACAACACUUCAGAAGAAUCGGUUAAUGCAGAAGAAGUGUUUAAACAAAAUGCAUUAAAAUGUAUCGAAGAAUGGACAGUAGGCAUAAAUGGUGAAAUGUUCAGGGCAAGUUUACGAAUGUUAGCUCUUCAGUACAAAUGUUAUCAUGACAUGAAGUUAUUUAGUGAUCACAUUUACAAGACUUUCAUGGACGUUCAAGCUAGUAUAGAUACAUAUUAUUUGAACGAAAUCAAAUCUGUAGAUCGUCUUUGCAAAUAUUUACAGAUGGCAGUUGAAAAUGGUAGGAGAAUACAAGAAACUCUCAUCCUAGAACAUGAUACGUUUGUUAUAGAUCCUAAUCUUUUACAAUUUCCGCCACCUGAACCACCACCUGAGAAACCAGAGUCACUUGAAAUUGUUCAUGAUUUUGAGUUCAAAAUAGGACAGCUUGCUAGACUACGGUCCCAAUUCCAAAUAGUUGCUCCGUCAGGAAAAAUAAUGCAGAAACAUUUCAUUUACUUAUUGCAAGACUUUUUCAUUUUUGGCAAAGAAUCGUGUGAAGGAUCGGCGUUUCCGGAAGCUUGGAAGCGCAUUGAUCCAGAACAAAUACCUAAGUUCGUCUAUAAUCUAUAUGGUGAGACGGUUUAUGUUGACUGGAGAGAUUUUCUUAUUUAUUGCUUGAAUAUUCGAUUUCCUACUAUUGAAGAAUUACUUGAAUUACGCAAGAGAUUCAGAUGUGAGGAUUUAGAAUCUACAGAAGUAAUUUCUAGAGACGAUUACCUUAAGGAAGAACUGUGGUUUGAACAAUAUUUUGAUCCUGAAGAUAAACAAGCAAUGCUGCGAAAACAUUUAAUCAAACAAUUCUUGUUCGAACUAUUUGAAACAUCCUUUGAUAUGAUAAACUAUCCCGCUUUUCUUUUAGCUUUUUGUAAGAGCCAUGAUACUUUUGAAGGUUUUGCUAAUGCGUUGGCCAUGGCGGUGGGUAAAAAAAUCUGUUUUUCUUUGCAAGAAUGCGAAGAGGUUAUAACUGAGUUAAUUAAACUUAAAAAAUAUAAAGACGCUUGCCUGGCAUGCGCUCUUAAAUGUACCAACCAGUUUUUGGAGAAAGUUCUAACUAAUGUUAUCAAUACAUGUGAAGGUACUAGUAUUAUAGAAUUACCAUAUGAACCUGUAGCUGAAUUGGACAAGAAAGGUAAAAAAUCAAAAGCAGGUAUGUCAAAAACAAAGAGUACUCUGAGCGCAAGAGUGCCAAAAACGCAAAAGUCUAUGGCAAACCAGAGUAAAACUGCGCAGUCUGCUACUAACGUGAACACCACGUACAUAUGCCGACCGUGUGAGGCUGAGGCUGAAGUAAUAGAGGAAAAGCCUCCAGAAAAAGAGGAGCUUGAAGAGGAACAUAAAAAUGAGCCCCAAGAGGAUCCUAAUUUAGUGUAUGCAGUAUCUCAAGAAGUGAUAUGGAAUGUGUUACGGGCAUGUCUGCCAUGGCAUUUUGAAUUAUUCCCGGAAGCAAAGAUGACUCCUUAUGUGGAAUAUGUAACAGAUGCUAUGAAACGAUUGCAAGCUGACACAGAUAAUGGGGACAUCUAUAUUAGUAAAUUUACAAACGAUCCAAAUGUGUGCAAAAUGUUACACAAAGUCAAGAAAUUUACAAUCUUGGAUAUUGCAGAGGAAGCUCGUAACAUUUUUUUCCGUUAAUUAGCUACUUUACAUCAUAAAAACUUCAAAACCUUUUUUUGGUGUCUUCAUCUAAGGUGUCUUCAUUUAAGCCGAUUGCUUUGCUUUUUAUGAAACAUUCCUUUCCCCCCUUAUUGUAAAUUAGGGGCGUAGUUAUUGUUAUUAUGUUGAUAUUAAUUAAAGA